CCCAUUUAGUGCAAUUCCCAAACCCUAGCUCCACAAAUAUAGUGAAGGGUUUUAUUUGCUUACCCAUCCACCGUUCGUGCUGUGUUGCAAUUUCUUCUGCAUUCUCUUCAACAGAUCCAACUCAGAACCUACGGCGGUGGAACUUUGAUUCAAUGGCCCCGAAGAAGGAUAAGGCUCCUCCACCGGCCUCGAAACCUGCUAAAUCUGGCGGAGGGAAGCAGAAGAAGAAGAAAUGGAGCAAGGGAAAGCAAAAGGAGAAGGUCAACAACAUGGUUUUAUUCGACCAAGGAACUUAUGACAAGCUUCUCGUAGAAGUUCCCAAGUACAAGCUUGUCACUCCUUCAAUCUUGUCCGAUAGGUUGAGGAUCAAUGGAUCUCUAGCACGAAGAGCCAUCAAGGAUUUGAUGGCCAGAGGUCUCAUCAGAAUGGUGUCUGCUCAUGCCAGCCAGGAGAUCUACACAAGGGCCACCAAUACCUAAACCCCUUUAUUAUCUUGUCAUGAUUUAGCUGUUACUCCAGUUUUUGCUUGUUGGUUCUAAUGUCUCCUUCAUAUGGAUGCUAGAAUUUUGCAAUUUUUUAGUUUUUUCCCAUUUUGGAGAGGAAUUAUCUGAAUUUUAUCGUGUUCAUUACUAUUUUUAUAUUUAUCAAGUUCCCAAACAUUCGAAAGUUUAUCAGUACUUAUGUUUUAGGUGCACGUUGGUCGGUCGGGUUUUGGCUCAAACCUAUCAUUAGUAUUUGAAUCCAUCGGUUAAAAGAAUCGACUAA